UACCGACAAGCAGCUCUCGAGGGUGCUCCAAUAGAAUCGGUAAAUAUUGAUUUAUUUUUUAUUAUAGGGAUAAAGGUGAAUUUAAUUCUUAGGUCUGUGCUCUUCCCCCGAAUUCCGCUGAUCCCUUUUAUUCUCAGGGCAUUGCAUUUUAAUUUAUAGAUCUCAGGUGUUUUGCAGCAUUGGAUUAUUCUACUAAGUGGUGAGAGGAUUGAAAAUUGAUACACUUCUUCAUUUAACCGGACGCUACCUACGUCUAGUUCUCGGACAUCUCAAACGAAAGAAAGCGUAGGUUCUACUAAUUCAAGGCUGGUGGAAUAGGUUCUCUACAUAGUACAAUGCUGCUAAGUUUGUGUACUCUGAUGACAUUUGUAUGGGGACUACCCGGCUUUUCUGCCUCGUACGUGCCCUGUGAGCCGUGCGAUCAGAAGGCUAUGUCCAUGUGUCCUCCGGUAAGGCUUGGGUGUCAAGUGGUGAAGGAGCCCGGCUGCGGAUGCUGCUUGACCUGCGCACUGACCGAGGGGCAGGCGUGUGGAGUCUACACGGGCACUUGUGGACAGGGACUGCGUUGCUUGCCUCGGAACGGGGAGGAAAAGCCGCUGCACGCUCUGCUUUACGGCAAAGGAGUUUGCAUGAACGAGAAACUAUACAAAUCCAGAGAUCACGAGUCACACGAAGACACCCACGUUACAGAGGUAACAGAGGAUCUUCUUCCCCAGGCCAAAGUUCCAUUAUUCCAACGAGACCACAUUAACAGCAAGAAGGCUCUGGCCAUGCGAAAGGAUCAGAAGAGGCAGGAGGCUAAACUCAGGAUCAGGGGCAAUUCUGAAUACCCGCUCUUCAGAAAAGACAAACAUCAGUCUGACAUUGGUCCAUGCCGAAGCAAGCUGGAUGGAAUUAUCCAGAGAAUGAAGGACAACUCAAGAAUCAUGGCUCUCUCAUUGUACCUGCCUAACUGUGAUAAGAAAGGCUUUUUCAAGCGCAAACAGUGUAAACCCUCCAGGGGGCGCAAGCGAGGCAUCUGCUGGUGUGUAAACAAGCAUGGAAUUCAGAUGCCGGGCACUGACUUUAAUGGAGGCAACAUCCAAUGCAAAGAUCUUGAAAGCAACAGCAACAACAACAACGAAUGAGACUACUCAAAUUUGGGCGCGUUACAAUUUCAUUGUACACUCAAUUUCAUCUACCAUAUCAUGUGAUUUGCCAGUCAUUUCUAAUAGUAAUAGUAAUAUAUAUAUAUAUAUAUAUAUAUAUAUAUAUAUAUAUAUAUAUAUAUAUAUAUAUAUAUAUAUAUAAACUAUUUUAAAGCUAAGCAAAUUAUAUGAUCAAUACACGCAACAGUUACUGAAUCCUGCAAUUGAUUUUCACAUGUCACUUAGGUUGGUGGGAUGUAUCAAGUAUCAUUUGGCAAAUGUACUAGAGUCAUGCAUUAUUUUCCACAAUAUCUUAUCAUGGACAUCUUAUAAGGUUUUAAGAGCUUAAAGGAACAGUUUACCAAAAAAAAAAAAAAAAAAAUGCAAUUCUGUCAUUAUUUACCCACCCACCCAUCCAUUUUUUUUUUACCCAUAUGACACUCCUUCCUCUGUGGAACACAAAAUAAGAUUUACAACAGUUUUGUCAAUAUAAUUUAAAUGAGUUGGGUCUAAAACAUUGGAUCUUUUGUGUAUUCUUUCGUCUUUCACCAAAAAAAAAAAAAAAAAAAAAUGCAUACCAUUUUGCGAUGACAAGGUGAGUGAAUGAUGGCAGAAUUAGCAUUUUGGGUGACCUGUCCUCAUUUAUUAAUAUAACUGUUUCAUAUGACUUUGCUUUUGUCCAUUGCAGGUGUUUUGUACCACCAUUUCCAAAAGUUUCAGCACAUUAGCUUACUGUCUAGGCGCAUUGUUUUGCCAGCCUGAAUGAUAAAAGGAAAUGUAUAUUCUAAUAACCACUGUUGUGCACUGUGAAAACAAACAAACAAAAGUCCUAUGAUAAAAAGCAAAGCACAACCUCUCAAUAAGCUUAGACACAUAUAUUAGCAUGCAGUUUAUAUAAAUCACUACUGAAUAAGAAAGACUCAACAUUUGAAUGCACAAUGGUGAAAAACAACCAGCCACUCUUCUGUUUUUUCAAACUUUAACAGAUCAGGGUCCUUGGGUUCUUAUGGAAAUCUCAGUGCCUUUUUUUACUCAAAUAUUUGAAUACUGAUUUACAUCAGAGGCAUCAAAGGGGCCAACGAAAGGAAAACACAAACACUCAAAAUGCUGACCUUUAGUUUGCAGGAGUGUAGACUCAAAAAAGCAAAUUCAGUGUUCCUAAAAGUAGGCAAAUUGAGAAUAUUUGCAUUAUGAAAAUGCCAUAGUAGUACAGUACCAAAGGUACUAUUAGAUGUUGGCCCACAGAAUUGAAUUUGUGCUACCACAUUUUCCAUCUAAUGGUAUCAAAAAUAUGCUCUUCAUGCUUAUGAGCUUAUUUGCAUGGCAUUUGUAAUUACGUAUCAGAAAUGAGCCUGACAAUAGUUCAGAAUUGUUGCCUGUUUGCAGAAUUGUAGAAAGCCCUCUGUCAUCAUCACCUGUAAAACAUAUUGACUUUACAUUUUACUUUACUGAUUUUAUUUUAGCCAUAAUUCUCAAAGUUGUGAGAAUUCUAAAGGACAAUAUUCUUCUUGAUACUGUUGUAUAACAUUUAAAGGAUUCUGAAUUAUACCACUCCAUGUGGUAGAGUCAGGCUCACUGUUAUGAGAAAAAAAUACAAAGCAGACCAGUUUGACAAGUUUAGUAUAGAUUAUUUUUCUUUUAAUUAAAUAGCUUAUUUAAGGUGUCCAAAUCAAGUUAUAUGGAUGAUCAAAUUAUUUGUAUCACGUCUAAUACCUGUGUGCAAUAUGUAUUUGCCAUGUAAUAUAUGUACUUUUAUUUUUGUCUCUUUUGUAAAGAUAAAACAUUUAUUUAAUAAAUAUAUGAAUAUAAAGAUAUUCAGAUAUAAUAAUAUUAACUUUUUAUUUUGUCUGUAUACUGUGCUUUAUCAGAUACAUUUUGAGAAGAGCAUAUUCACAUGAGUAAUUUCAAAUAUUUAAUUG